AUGGCCGCUCAGAGUUCACACGUGUGCGACUUUGAAGGAUGCGGAAAAACGUUUGGUAAGGAGAUCCGACUGGUUGAACACAAGCGGAUGCAUACGGGGGAGAGACCAUGUGUAUGCCCCCAUGAAGGAUGUGACAAAUCAUUUGUGAGAUCUGUGCAUUUAAAAAGGCACUUGUUAUCACAUGAUGGAGAAAAAUUAUUCAAAUGCAGCCAAUGUGAUAUGUUGUUUAUAACAAAACACAAUUCCAAGCGCCAUGAACAGCGGGCUCAUAAUGGGCCCUUUAAGUGCAAUGUUGAUGGUUGUGAUGAACAAUUUACUAAGUGUAACCAACUGAAAAUUCAUCAGCUGGUUCAUACUUGUGAAAAGCCCUUUAAGUGUAAAGAGCGAGGUUGUUUGGCAUGUUUUAAUGCUCCAGGGAAACUGAGACGGCACCAAAAACGACAUGAUAAAGGCUCAGUGCCCUUCUUUCCAAGGUACAGGGAUGAUGCUUUUGCCCAUGACUGGCUGCGGAAACAUGUUUGUUCUCACAAAUGCAUUCUUUUCUGUGAGGGAUAAAGUAUGCAAAUGUCUCUAGUAGGACAAUUGUUUGGGUUUAAGGCCUUUGUGGCUUCACAGAGACUUGUACAUAGUUUCCUUUGUUGCUCUAGGAAAACUUUCUCUGAGUGCCUUUCAACAGAAUGUGUCAAUCAGUACAAAGCUUCAACAUCAUCCCCCCCUCCCUGGGUAACCCCACUGGGUGUUUGAACUUCUGAAGAUUGGUUUGUUCAAAUUCCCAUAUUCCUUGUCAAAAAAAAAAAAAGACAUUUUAUUCCAUUGGAA